AUGACAUCUGCUGCAGAGACCAGCUACACCUUGAUCCCAAACCAGAAGUACAGACGCAGUAACCGGCGCUCCAGACAGUGCUGCAACAGCUUGGACACAGAUUCCCAAGUUGUGUCAGCACUCGGGUAUUUUCAAGCACUUCCAUUAGAGAUCUUUCAGAUGGUAUUGAAUUAUCUUUCAGUGAAGGAUAUCAGCAUGCUGAGCAUGGUGUCGAAAAGCAUCAGCAACCGCCUUACAAAUUACAUCUCGACCCCGUCAGGAAACCGACGGUUCUUACUGCAAGACUUUCAUAACCUCGAGCUACCUGGCAAGAGAGAAGGACUCCACAUUUUCGAGCACUACAAAUCUCUAGGACUGUUGCUUAAAAGAUGCACACUCCUACUGCCCACGAAGGACAGGCUGAAGUACAUCCACAAGAUUCUCUCCGAAGUUCCCUGUUUUAAACUUAAUGGUUGUCCAAGUCCUUUGCAUUGUUUAGGCUUACAAUGCUACGGUGUGUUCUUACAGAUCCUAACAGCAGGCUGGGACGAACUCGAGUGCCACCGGGUUUUUAACUUCCUCUGCGAGCUGAGCAAUUUACCCCGUAAAGUGCAGACAGUUGUCAGCAGCAAACCGGGAAGCGCCCGAAAGCUCGAGCUGCGGAUCAGGUUGUACUGUCGUGAGGUCUUGCUGAACCACUGGAUUCAUCGAAGCGAUUCUGCCUUUUGGUUGAGUCGCAUUCUAAAGCCGUGGCCCAUCGUCAAUCAAGCUCGCCUGCUGUACAUCAUCUUUGGGCCAGUGUCCCCUCUUGAUGGACACGUGGUCUGGCAGAAAAUGAUAGAAGGACCAACAGAUGAGAGCAGUCUGAAAGGUCUGGCAGACGCGGUUAAACUGCUGUUCGAUACAGAAGCUAGAGAAUGGACAGCAGACGAUGUUAUCAGUCUCGUGGACGAGCUGUCAGUUGUUCCUAGGGAGUGGCUCAUGGAGAACAACGCUCGGCUUCUUAUUCUCAGCGGAAACAACAUUUGCUUCACUUUCAUGGCCAGUAAAGCUGUGAACGGGAGAGCCGUCGAGUUAGCCAGGCUCGUGGUCUUCCUGACUUUGGUCUGCGAGAAGGACCUGUACUGCAUGGACUGGGCGGUAAAAAUGAUGCAGAAGGUCUGCAAAGUUUUCAACACCCUGGCAGAGAGAAACAACUUCCUGCAGUGCGUGGAGAAUGCCUUCGCUCACACGAUCAUGGACAUGAUGCAGAACGUCCUGUCCGGGGAUCAUGACGAAGAGGACAGCAGCUUUUUUAAUCUGUUUCACCUUGUCAACGCACAAGCGAACUUCCAUAAGGAAAUCCUGUUCAUGGCCAUGAGAAGCGACAGCAACCCCGCUUGA